AUGGCGGCGGAGCGGCAGGUGGCGGCAGGCGGCGGCACCCGCGGAGGAGGCGGUUGCGGGGCCGGGGCCCCCGCGGCCGGCCCCGAGGAGAACAAGGAAAAUGAAAAGCCGAAGGCGGGCGACCUCGGCGAUAGCCUGGGCCUGGAGAUACUUCAGAUUAUUAAAGAAUCACAGCAGCAGCACGGGUUACGGCAUGGUGAUUUUCAGCGAUACAGGGGUUACUGCUCCCGCAGACUAAGAAGGCUCAGAAAAACUCUUAAUUUCAAGAUGGGAAAUAGGCACAAGUUCACAGGGAAGAAAGUAACAGAAGAGCUUUUAUCCGAUAACAGAUACUUGCUUUUGAUUCUUAUGGAUGCCGAGAGAGCUUGGAGCUAUGCUAUGCAGCUUAAGCAGGAAGCCAACACCGAACCCCGCAAACGAUUCCACUUGUUAUCUCGCCUGCGCAAAGCUGUAAAACAUGCCGAGGAGCUGGAGCGCCUGUGUGAAAGCAACCGAGUGGAUGCCAAGACCAAGCUGGAAGCUCAGGCAUAUACAGCUUACCUCACGGGUAUGCUCCGCUUUGAGCACCAGGAAUGGAAAGCAGCCAUGGAGGCUUUUAAUAAAUGCAAAACCAUAUAUGAAAAGCUGGCAAGUGCUUUCACAGAGGAGCAGGCUGUACUAUAUAAUCAGCGAGUAGAGGAGAUCUCUCCCAACAUUCGUUACUGUGCCUAUAACAUCGGUGACCAGUCAGCUAUUAGUGAGUUAAUGCAAAUGAGGCUGAGAUCUGGAGGUACGGAGGGGCUUGUUGCCGAAAAACUGGAGGCACUCAUCACCCAGACUCGAGCAAAGCAGGCAGCCACUAUGAGCGAGGUGGAAUGGAGGGGAAGAACUGUGCCAGUGAAGAUAGACAAAGUGAGGAUCUUCCUGCUAGGGCUGGCAGAUACUGAAGCAGCUAUUGCUCAGACAGAAGAAGAAGGAACUAAAGAGCGUUUGUUCGAGUCCUUACUGAGUGAGUGCCGAGAUGCGAUACAGGCUGUUCGUGAAGAACUGAAACCAGACCAGAAGCAACGAGAUCAUUGUUUGGAAGUGGAUUCUGGAAAAGUCUCAAAUAUCCAGUACCUGCACAGUUACCUGACUUACAUCAAGCUGUCCACCGCAAUCAAGCGCAAUGAGAGCAUGGCAAAAGCUUUGCAGAAGGCCCUACUUCAGCAGCAGCAGCCAGAAGAAGAUGGCAAGCGUAACCCUCGACCUCAGGACUUGAUACGCCUUUAUGACAUCAUCUUACAGAAUUUAGCCGACUUACAACAACUUCCAGGCCUAGAAGAGGACAAAAGCUUCCUAAAGGAGAUAGGAAUAAAGACGCUGGUGUAUAAAGCUUACAGGUGUUUUUUCAUUGCACAGUCAUAUGUUCUGGUGAAGAAAUGGAGUGAAGCCCUCGUUUUGUAUGAUCGAGUUCUGAAAUAUGCCAAUGAAGUUGAAGCUGAAGCUGAAACUUAUAAAAACAACUUAAAGGAGCUGCCUGAUGUUCAAGAGCUGAUCACCCAAGUGAAUGCAGAGAAAUACUCCUUGCAAGCUGCUGCCAUAUUAGAUGCUGGAGAUACCCCUGAGGUUGAGUCCCCAUCUCAGGUCAAGGAUGGCAAGCCGCUUUCAGAACGGUUGGAGACUUUCUGUCUGGAUUCUUCUCUGGUCAGCAAGCAAGCCAGCCUGGUGCAUUUCCCGCCAGAGUUCCAGCCAAUACCAUGCAAACCUUUGUUCUUUGACCUGGCCCUCAACCAUGUCACUUUCCCACCCUUGGAGGACAAAGUGGAGCAGAAAACAAAGAGUGGCCUUACAGGAUAUAUCAAGGGCAUCUUUGGAUUCCGGAGUUAACCAGGGCAGUUCUCAAGAAGAAGAGUGCUGGUCUUUCUGGAUUUUUGGGCAAACUCCAGCAAAUUUAGACCUUAGCCGUUUGUGUCUGAAAUCCAUGUGGGAGGUUUUUAAUAUCUUUCCAGUAUUCUCUCUUGUCUGUACAUCUGGUUUAUUAGAAACUUUCCAAAUUAAGAACAUAAAUAAUGUGUCUGGUCAGUCUUCUACAGUACCUGAAACUGAUGGAAAUUUUAUCCUACUUUCUUGACAGAACUAAAAUCUGAAACCACUUCUUCCCUGUGGUUC